GAAAUAAAAUAGCAAGAAUUUUGCAGCCUUAUUUUACUUUCUUUCACCUCAUAAACCAUUCCUCUUUCAAGUGCUCCAUCCAUCACCCCUUCAGAGAGAGAUGAGGAAUGGCUCAAACGAAGACAACAAAAUGAUCAAAAAGACAGAGCCUACAAAGGGAACGCCGGACUCACGUCCCAUGAUUGGUGGAGAUGGAGCCAACAGCUAUACUCAAAACUCAUCAUAUCAGAGAGGAGUCAUAGACGGUGCAAAGGGUAUGAUUCUACAGACAAUCCCCGAGAAUAUUGACAUUCACUUUCCUCCUUCAAAUCCAUCAAACGCAUUUCGGAUUGCCGACUUCGGAUCUUCAACUGGACCUAACACGUUCGUAGCCAUGCAAAACAUUAUAGACGCUGUGACGCUCAAGAAUCAAUCCACGGAUCAAACUGACCCCAAAAGCACAACCCCGGAGUUCCAAGUCUUUUUCAAUGAUUUCGUCGACAACGAUUUCAACACUCUCUUCAAAACCCUACCUCCAAAUAGGCUUUACUUCACUGCCGGCGUGCCAGGCUCAUUUCACAACCAGUUGUUUCCCAGAGCCUCUCUCCACAUCGCGCAUUGCUCUUACGCACUGCACUGGCUCUCCAGAGUUCCGCCGGGAGUUACCGAUAGAGGCUCUCCGGCAUGGAACAAAGACAAGAUCUAUUGUGCAGGUAACAAGAAAGAGGUCACCGAAGCCUACUUUGGUCAGUUUCAGGCAGACAUGGACGCCUUUCUUGAAGCUAGGGCUCAAGAGCUUGUUGAGGGAGGGUUGGUGGUGAUUCAAAUACCUGGUGUUCCUGAUUGUAAGGUUCUUCCAUCUGAUACUUGUCCUGGUCUAGGCCAUGAGUUCCUGGGAGAGAGCUUAGCUGACAUGAUAAAGAUGGGAGUUAUAAGUCAAGAACAAAGGGACUCGUUCAACAUUCCUGCUUACCAUCCAUCGAUAAACGAGAUGGAGACUGUUGUAGAGAUGAACAAGCGUUUCACAAUCGCGAAGAUUUGUACACUAAUACACCCUUGGAUUGCCAAAUUUGUGACGUUGGACGUCGAAAAAGUUAUUGCAGACAUGAGAGCAGUCAUGGAGAAUCUCAUGAGCGACCAUUUCGGAAGCGAAAAUAUGGAUCUACUCUUUCAUCUCUCUGCCCAGAAGUUACAAAAGAACCGACUUCUCUAUGAAAGCACACUGCACAAUGAUGUUUCGCUAUUUGUUCUUCUGAAACGAAAAGGCAACUUUUAGAUAUCAUCUAUUGUAAGAGAAUGAUCUAUCUAGUUAAAAAAAUAAAAACUUUAGUGGAACGGAACCUUAGAUUGACUAUAUGCUUGUGUUCGUGGGUUGGAAUUUGUCGAACGACGUGGCCUGCCUCGGUGUUUCCACGUGUCUUUAAUUUUACAUUUUUCUAAGAUUGUUAAAAUCGCCCACCUUGUGUUUGUGUGUUUCAUCGAAGAAGAAUAAAAUUGUGUUUGGGUGUUUCUACUUUAAUAUC